CAUAGUUCUCGUGAGAACGAAAAAGAUAGGGAUUCAUCAAGAAGCAGGGAAAAGGAUAGGGAGAGAGGGCGUGAUAAGGACCGGGACAGGGAUAGGGAUAGAGGCAGAGACCGGGACAGGGGUAGGGACAGGGACAGGGACAGGGAUAGAGAGAGGGAGAAGGACCGUGAUCGUCAUCACAGAGACCGCCAUAGGGAUCGGAGCGACAGAAGGGAGAAGGAGAGGACCAGAGAUAGAGAUGAUGAUGAUCGUCAGCGAAAUCGAGACUAUGACCAGCAAAGAGAACAUGACAAAGAUAGAGAGAGUCGGCAUAGACACAGGUCUCGCUCAAGGGGUAGAUCUGAGCACAGAUCAAGGUCUCGAUCGCGUUCUCGAUCCAAGAGCAAAAGGAUCAGUGGUUUUGAUAUGGCACCUCCUACCUCUGCAAUGUUACCUGGCAUUACGGCUGCUGCAGGUCAAGUUCCUGGGACCAACCCACCAAUUCCUGGAAUGUUUCCUAACAUGUUUCCUUUAGCAUCGGGCCAGUUUGGAGCUCUUCCUGUUAUGCCGAUCCAGGCAAUGACACAGCAGGCUACUAGGCAUGCUCGGCGAGUUUAUGUUGGUGGACUACCAGCUCAUGCAAAUGAACAGUCUGUUGCGACCUUCUUUAGUCAUGUUAUGUCUGCAAUUGGAGGAAACACAGCUGGUCCAGGGGAUGCUGUUGUCAAUGUCUAUAUAAACUAUGAAAAGAAGUUUGCUUUUGUUGAAAUGAGAUCAGUAGAGGAAGCGAGUAAUGCCAUGGCCUUGGACGGCAUCAUAUUUGAGGGCGCACCCUGUAAGGUCAGAAGACCGAGCGAUUACAAUCCUUCUCUGGCUGCUACUCUUGGUCCUAGCCAACCAAACCCAAACCUCAACCUGGCAGCUGUUGGAUUGAGCCCAGGUUCUGCUGGAGGGCUGGAAGGUCCUGAUCGUAUUUUUGUUGGUGGUUUGCCCUACUAUUUCACAGAAGCACAGAUUAGAGAGCUGUUAGAGUCUUUUGGUCCACUUAGAGGAUUUGAUUUGGUCAAAGAUAGAGAAACUGGGAACUCAAAAGGCUAUGCCUUCUGUGUCUAUCAGGAUGUCUCUGUUACUGAUAUUGCUUGUGCAGCUCUUAAUGGUAUUAAAAUGGGCGAUAAAACCCUUACUGUUAGGCGUGCUAACCAGGGUACAACACAACCUAAACCCGAGCAAGAGAGUGUAUUGUUGCAUGCACAACAGCAGAUAGCUUUGCAGAGACUCAUGUUACAACCUGCUACAUUAGCCACAAAGGUCCUGAGCUUAACAGAAGUCGUUAGUGCAGAUGAGCUCAACGACGAUGAGGACUAUCAAGAUAUUUUGGAAGACAUGAGAACUGAAUGUGGGAAAUUUGGAUCUCUGGUGAAUGUUGUUAUUCCACGUCCAAGUCCUAAUGGCGAGCCCACACCAGGGGUUGGAAAGGUAUUUUUGGAGUAUGCGGAUAUCGACAGUGCCAGCAAAGCUAGGCAGAGUCUGAAUGGAAGAAAAUUUGGUGGCAACCAAGUUGUUGCUGUCUUCUAUCCAGAAAACAAGUUCUACGAGGGGGACUAUGAUGGUUAGUUGUACCGACCCACUAUGAUAAGUGCUCGUCGAGUCUUACCUAAUGGGGACUCUUGGAUGGCUUAAAGGAAUUAAUCUCUUGGACUAGUGCUAGAAGUAUAGCCCAUUUCCGUUUUCUUUUUGGUUUUCUUUUGAUGUUGUUCAUUUAAUUCUGAAUUAUAUAUCCAUUUAGGUUGGACUUAUGUGUUGCUGAUGGUAGAUAAUUUAAGUUCUAUAGUUUUUAAACGUGAGGACGUUUGUGCUUUGACCAAACAGUGUUAAAAUUGAUGCAAGUAACGUCUCAGGUCUUCAUACUGUUUCAUUUUUUCCAGUGAAAAAUCUGAAUGCUCUUCUUCA